AAUGACAAAUAUAAGUACAAGUAUAACAUAAAAAUCUAUCAAAAAGAAGAAAACGAAAGCACCGGUAGCCAUGGCAAUUUCGCGGUUAUGUCCAAACAUAAGUUCCGUUGGUCAAAUCGGAGCGUGCAGCCGGAACGGAUCGAAUUCCGGUUCAGGAAGACCGAAGGUGAGCCCUCAACUGAACCGGUGGUCGAGAGCUCGAGCCGUACGGUCGGGUCAGAAAUUGGAGCGGUCGAAUCUCCGAAGUCAACCGGCAGCACCGAACUCUCCUCCACGUCCAGUUCCUCUCCCGGUGGAGGCAGACGAGGGCGUGAGUGUUGACGGGGCGGAUGUGAGGUUGGCUAAGUCGAUCUAUAUGGUCUCCGACGGAACUGGCUGGACCGCCGAACACUGCAUUAACGCCGCUUUGGGUCAGUUCGAUUACUGCUUGGUCGACCGUGGCUGCCCCGUCAGUACCCAUUUGUUUUCUGGGAUUGAUGAUGCGGAGAAGUUGUUGGAGAUUACAAAGCAAGCAGCUAAAGAAGGUGCUUUGCUUGUGUAUACUUUGGCUGAUCCAUCAUUGGCUUCAGCUGCAAAGAGGGCAUGCAAAUUAUGGGGUGUGCCUUCCACUGAUGUGUUGGGACCCAUUACAGAGGCCAUUGCUUCUCAUUUGGGCGUUUCUCCCUCUGGGCUUCCUCGUGGGGCUUCUGGCCUUCCCCUCUCUGAUGAUUACUUUCGUAGGAUUGAAGCUGUUGAGUUUACCAUCAAGCAAGAUGAUGGGGCAUCUCCCCAGAAUCUGGCCAAGGCUGACAUUGUUCUCACCGGUGUUUCGCGCACCGGCAAAACCCCCUUGUCCAUUUAUCUGGCUCAGAAGGGGUACAGGGUGGCCAAUGUGCCCAUCGUCAUGGGUGUGCCAAUGCCAAAGACUCUGUUUGAGGUGGAUCCAAUGAAGGUUUUUGGCUUGACUAUAAAUCCUCUUGUCUUACAGAAUAUUAGAAGAGCAAGGACUAAAACCAUGGGAUUAAGUUCAGAUGGUAGGAGUAAUUACUCCGAGAUGGAUUAUGUUAGGGAGGAACUUGAAUUUGCAAGAAGGCUCUUUGCUCAAAACCCUCUUUGGCCUGUCAUUGAUGUGACCGGAAAAGCCAUAGAAGAGACUGCAGCAGUUGUAUUGAGGCUGUACCAUGACCGCAAGCAAAAGUGCACCAUGCCAAGGAUCUCAAAACGCUAUUAGAGAUGACAAGUUUUUCUCUUGUUGAACUUCAGAUAUUAUAAAGUGUCAAAAUCAAAAUUGUAUAGUAUUAAAACGCGUAGUUUGCUGAGGACUAAUAAAUUUCACGUACCAUUUACCUGUGGGGGCUAUACUUUAGCCAACAGUUAUGUCUUUUUUAGGUGUUAUAUAUCAUUAUAUGUAUAUGGUGAAAUGCUACUAUCAACUUCCAAACUUGUAUCGUAAGUAAUUCGAUUCUAAGAAAGAGGAUUGCUAUUUAAUCUGCAACAACAAAA